GUGUAGUCUCUAAAUUUUUAAAGCAAUGUUUUAUAGUUCUCAUUAUAUAGGUCCUUAAAUUCCUUGGUUUAUUUCUAAGUAUUGUAUUCUUUGCAUGCUAUUAAAAAUAGAGCUGUUUUUCAAAAUUUUCAUUACAGAAUGACGGUGGGAAGUACUGUGUGCUAUGUUGAUGAAUUUGCUUAGUAGUUCUUAACAGUUUAUUCUGGAAUUCCUAGGAAUUUCUACAUAUAGAAUAUCACCAGGAAACAGAGUUUUAUUCUUCCUAGAUAAGUUGAAAAGUUGGGCUGCUAGUUUUGAGAUCUUAUUUUUAGUGCAAGCAUUUGUAGGUACACAUUUACCUCAAACCACCCAACAUUUUGUUAUGCUGUGUAAGCUUUCUUCUCUAAGCAUUUUCUAAAUUUCCUUGUGCUUGCUUCCUGGAUCCCUCUUGGUGUUAAUUUAAAGAAAUUUGUGAAUUUUACAGUUUUACUUCUGUUACUGAAUUCUAAUUUAAUCCCACUGUGGCUGGAGAAGAUAUUCUGUGUGAUAUUUUCAUCUUUAAUUUUCUCAAGAUUUAAGUUGUGGUUUAGCAUACAGACUCUGUUCAAGAAUUUCGCAUGUGCAUUCUAUUGUGUGUUGUUUUUUUUUUUUUUUUGCCAGGCAGAGUUAGACAGUGAGAGAGAGAGAGAAAGAGAGAGAGACAGAGAGAGAGUUAUAGACAGUGAGAGAGAGACAUAGAGAAAGGUCUUCCUUCUGUUUGGUUUACUCCCCCAAUGGCCGCCAUAGCUGGUGCUAAGCCGAUCCGAAGCCAGGAGCCAGGUGCUUCCUCCCGGUCUCCCAUGCGGGUAUAGGGACCCAAACACUUGGGCCAUCUCCACUGCCUUCCCAGGCCACAGCAGAGAACUGGACUGGAAGAGCAACCGGGACUAGUACCCGACGCCCCAACUGGGACUAGAACCUAGGGUGCCGGCGCCACAGGUGGAGGAUUAGCCAAGUGAGCCAUGGCACUGGCCCUCUAUUGUUAUUAGGUAGAAUAUUUUCUGUUUUUCAGAUCUGGUUGGUUUAUUCUAUUGUUUGGGUCCUCUGUUUCCUUAUCUUCUGUCUGAAUGUUCUAUCAUUCUAAUCAGGGCAUUUAAGUUUCUAAUUAUCAUUGCAUAACUGUCUAUUUCUCUCUUCAUUUCUUUCAGUUUUUGCUUCAUAUAUUUUAUGGUCUUUCAUUAGGUUUGUUAAUGUUUUUCAUUGUAUCUUCUUGCUCUGCUGAAACUUUUAUUAGGAUCUGAUAUCCUUGUUUGUCUCAUAACUCUUGUCAUAAAGUCUAUCUUGUCUGAUAUUUGUAUGUUCAUCUCUGCUCUCUUUUGGUUUCUCCUGGCAUGGAAUGUACUUCUUCCACGUAUAGGCUACCUGUAUCUUCAGUCUAACGUGAGUCUCUCCUGAGAUAGAAUUUAGUUGGAUCAUGUUUCUAAUCCAUUCUUCUAAUCCCUGCGUUUUUAGGUAGUGAGUUUAAUCUACUUACAUUUAAAGUAAAUAUUUAUAACGAAGGAGGCGUUUCUGUCAUUUUGAAAUUUGCUCACACCAUGCCUUACAGAUUUUGUUCCUUGUUCCUUACCCUGCUGCCGUCUUUUGUGUUUAGUUCAGUUUUUACAUUGAGGCAUUAAAAUUCCUUUCUCAUUUCCUGUUGUGUACAUUCUGUAGAUAUUUUUUGGUUACCAUGGAGAUUACAUUUAAUAUCCUAAAGCUACAGUGCUCUAGUUUGAAUUAUAGCAACGUAGCUUCUGUGACAUACAAAAACUGCUCAUUUGCAGAUUAAUCCCCCACCUCUCGAGUUGUUGAUUUCUCAAAAUUACAUCUUUAUGUAUGCUAUGGGCCCCAAACCCACAAAUUAAUGGUUAUUUUAAAUACAUUUGUCUCUUAAAUCAUAUAUAAAAUAAAAUACAGACUUACAAAGCAAAGUUACAACAAUACUAGCUCUGAUAGUAACGAUGUUUUUAACAUGUUAGUCUCUUUAAUCAUGUAGAAACAAUGAAGUUAUAAACCUUUGUUUCGCUGUUGGCUCUUGUAAUUACUCCUGGAUUUAUCUUUGCGAUUUUUUAUUUCUCCAUGCAGCUUUGAGUCACCAGGCAGAGGCCUUUUGUUUCACCAGGGGGAACUACCCCGAGCGUUUCUCACAGCACAGUUCCGGUCAAACUGCUGUCCUUCGGGUUUUGUUCAUCUGGGAGUGCGUUAAUUGCUGAAGGACAGGCUCCUUGGUUGUUUUAUCCUUUAGCACUUGGAAUGUAUCUGCUCAGUGCCUGCCGGCCUUCAUAUUUCCUGAUGAUAAAUCUUGUAAUAAUCUCACUGAGGAGGCCCCGUGCUUUAAUCCACCGUCUGCUGCUGUAACAGGACACCAGAUGCUGACUAACUUGAAAACAGAGACUUACUGUAGCUCACGGUGCUGGAAGUCUAAGAGUAGGGCACCAGCACCAGCUAGGCUUCUGGUGAGGACCUUGUGCUGGGUUCCCUGUGGCAGAAAAGCAGACGAGCAAGGGGGUGCAUGCAGAGAGGCCAAAGCCAAAGGGUUACUUUGCUCUGUGUGAACCCACUCUGACAAUAAAUAACCUAAGGCCCAACUGGAAUAACAGUGAUCCUUUGUUACGGUUGGAACCCCAUGAGGCCAUGGCCUAAUUGCCUCUAAUUUUUGCAAUGAUUGGUCCAUCUGUUUAUUUUGAAAGGUAGAGUGAUAGAGGACACACACACACACACACACACAGAGUCUCCUUGCGCUUCCUGCUGCACUGUCUCCCCAGAGUCUUCCUCUACAUCUAACUUAAAAAAAUUGCUUGUUCUGUUCCUUUGAGAGACAGAGUCAGAGAGAACGCUCAUACAUACCGGUGCAGUCCCCAAAUACCUGACAGUUAGAAACUCAAACUGAGUCUCCCAUGUGGGGAGCAGAGACCCAGCUACUGAACCAUCAUCUGCUGCCCCACAUGGUGCACACAGAGCAGGGACGCAAACCCAAGCACUCCUGUAUGGGAAGUGGGUUCCGCACCUGCACCUUCACUGCUGCGCCAAAUACCCACCCCUGUGUCUAACUUUGUAAGGGCAAUUACUGAAGAAAAAAAGACAUUUAAUUGAAUGUUCCAAAAAUUAAGAGAACCUACAACCUAGAAUCACAUCCUGCAGAUUUACCCCCAAGAUAAAUGGAAAAUAAAAAGCAUUUUAAAAGCAGCAGAAACUGAAAUGUCACAGCAUGGAAGACACCUUGUUGGAAAGAGGUUUAGAUAGCUUCCCCUGCUUGUCCUGUCAAUAGGGAGGAAUAGAUUUGCUGGAGCAGUCAGUAUUGUAUGGGGAUCUGAAAUAGUAAACUUGGAUUGCAUCAAUUCUAAUUCAGCUUCCAACCAGCUAUGAGAUCUUUCUAGGGAUGGCUGGUCUCAACUUCCAGGUCUGAUCAAUGAAAGCUGCUGACCCAAUUGCACUUGUUAUCUCUUUCUCUAGGUGGGGCCAGAGAAGGCAGCCAUAUUUCUUAAACUUGCGUGAAUGUUCAGGUUCCCAGGGCUCUUAGUAAAAUGUUGAUACUACUGGGGCCAGUGUUGUGGAGUGGCAGGUGAAGCCAGCACCUGUGAUGUCAGCAUCCCAUAUGGGCACGAGUUUGAGACCUGGGUGCUCCACUUGGGAACCAGCUCCCUGUUAAUCCACUGGGAAAGUAGCAGCAGAAGAUGACCCAAGUGUUUGUGCCCCUGUACCCACAGGGGAGUCCUGUAUGAAGUUCCUGGCUCCGGGCUCCAGCCUGCAUAGCCCUGGCCAUUGUGGCCACCUGGGGAGUGAGCCAAUGGGUGGUAGCAAGAUUGCUCUCUCUUUCUCUCCGCCCCACCCCCGUCUCUAUAACUCUGUCUUUCAAAUAAAAAAGAAAUGAAUCUUUAAAAUAAAUAAUAAUUGAAAUGUAGGUACUCAUUAAGUGUAUUUUACUUGCUGUACCCAUUUAUAAGCAAUUCAUUUCAAACGGCAUUUUUUUUUUAUUUUAAAGAAAAGCAGCCCUGGAAUAAUCCUUUGAAUCAGUCUAAAUGAUUUACUGAAUUUGAGAGGUUUAAUUCACAGGAAAAUUAUUUUCAGGCAAUUUUUUCAGAAGUAUUGACUACAUUAAAUUCCUUCAAUUUCUGCUUGCUGCAGUUGAUCUCACCCACUGAAAGUAUCUCACCUUUAUUUUUUCUUUGUUUUAACUCAGUCAUGCAAGGAGAUAGCAUGGCAUAAUAGAAGAUAAAUGGAAAACUCUGGAUUUGGUACUCCUGAGACCUGGGUGCUAAUCUCAGCCCCAUGACUAAGAGGUUAUGAUUUAAAUUAUUUCAAUCUCAAUUUCUUCAUCGAUGGAAUUAAAACUUAAAUGAGCUGUAUUACUUCUCUGGACCACUCUGGCUUUCAGCAGACUUGGUUUUAAAACUUUUAUAACUGGGGCCAGUGCCGUGACACCCUAGGUUAAUCCUUUGCCUGUGGUGCCAGCAUCCCAUAUGGGUGUCGGGUUCUAGUUCUGGUUGCUCCUCUUGCAGUCCAGCUCUCUGCUAUGGCCUGGGAUAGCAAUGUAAGAUGGCCCAAGUGCUUGGGCCCCUAACCUGCAUGGGAGACCAGGAAGAAGAACCUGGCUCCUGGCUUCAGAUCGGGGUAGCUCUGGCCAUUGCAGCCAUUUGGGGAGUGAACCAAUGGAAGGAAGACCUUUCUCUCCAUCUGUCUCUUUCACUGUCUAUAACUCUACCUGUCAAAUAAAUAAAUAAAAUCUUUUUUUUUAAAAAAAAGAAACUUUUAUAACUGCAGGAGUUUUGAGGUAGCCCUUGUGUAACAAUACAAAUCAGUUUUACAGAAGCCAAGAAAUAAAGUACAAAGUGGAGUCCAGGCAGUUAUCUCUGUCACCGAGAAACAUAGAGAGCAUUUUCUGUUGGAUCAUCAGUGUUUGAUGAAUAGGUUCAUCAGAUUCACUGGCAAUACUUCAGUUCACCUUUUAUUUUUACAACCAUUAUCUUCUGUUAAACCACAGAUAUUGAAGUGAAAACGAGGACUGACAGUGGAAAAACCAUGAUGUCUUGUGAACAUGGUAACAUCACACCUCACUUGCCAUCACCCUGUUUCUACAGCAACCCUCAAAAAGAAUAAAAUUCAAAAAUUAUUUGUAUUUUAGACAGAGUUGCUUGAACAACUUGAAAUAAUGAGGUUAGCACAAUACUUUUCCUGAGAAUUCUUUGAUUCUGGGAAUUUAAUCAUUCAAAAAAUUGAAUUAAGCAUGCAUAUUUAUUAAAUUAGGCAUGAAUAUUAAGGUAUGUUGUCUUGGAGGGCUUGUAAAAAUUUAGAUGUGAUAAUAUCUUUUUAGAGACAACUCAGAAAAAUUGCAUUUUAUAUACUUUCAGCAUUUCACAUUAUAGAACAGGAGAGCUCUCAUGGAAAGGAUUAAAUGAUGACAAUUUAUCUUCAGAGUGUUUGGGAAUGAAGACUGAUGUCCUUCCCUGUGCAGGUGACGUCUGUGACCCCAGUCCCUGUGAAAAUGGCGGCAUCUGUUUAUCGGACUUGGCUGGUGACUCCUAUUCCUGCGAGUGUCCCGAGGGCUUCACAGACCCGAACUGCUCCAGCGUUGUGGAGGUUGCAUCAGAUGAAGAAGAGCCAACUUCAGCAGGUCCCUGCAUCCCUAACCCGUGCCAUAAUGGAGGAACCUGUGAGAUAAGCGAAGCCUACAGAGGGGACACGUUCAUAGGCUACGUCUGCAAGUGUCCUGGGGGAUUCAAUGGGAUCCACUGCCAGCACAACAUAAAUGAAUGUGAAGCUGAACCUUGCAAAAAUGGUGGGAUAUGCACCGACCUUGUGGCCAACUACUCCUGCGAGUGUCCGGGUGAAUUUAUGGGAAGAAACUGCCAAUAUAAAUGCUCGGGCCCAUUGGGAAUCGAAGGUGGAAUCAUAUCAAAUCAGCAAAUUACAGCCUCGUCUACUCACCGGGCCCUUUUCGGGCUUCAGAAAUGGUAUCCCUACUAUGCGCGUCUUAACAAGAAGGGGCUGAUAAACGCCUGGACAGCUGCAGAAAAUGACAGGUGGCCAUGGAUCCAGAUAAAUUUGCAAAGAAAAAUGAGAGUUACCGGUGUGAUUACCCAGGGAGCCAAGAGGAUCGGAAGCCCCGAGUACAUAAAAUCCUACAAAAUUGCCUACAGUAAUGACGGAAAGUCGUGGGCCAUGUACAAGGUGAAAGGCACCAACGAAGAUGUGGUGUUCCGUGGAAAUGUGGAUAACAACACACCCUAUGCCAACUCGUUCACGCCCCCCAUCAAGGCUCAGUACGUCAGACUCUAUCCCCAAGUUUGUCGAAGGCACUGCACCUUGCGAAUGGAACUCCUUGGCUGUGAACUGUCCGGCUGCUCUGAGCCUCUGGGCAUGAAGUCGGGACACAUCCAGGACUAUCAGAUCACUGCCUCCAGCAUCUUCAAGACCCUCAACAUGGACAUGUUCAGCUGGGAGCCGAGGAAAGCCCGGCUGGACAAGCAGGGCAAAGUGAACGCCUGGACCUCCGGCCACAAUGACCAGUCACAGUGGUUGCAGGUGGAUCUUCUUGUCCCUACCAAAGUGACGGGCAUCAUUACACAAGGAGCUAAAGACUUUGGUCACGUACAGUUCGUUGGUUCCUACAAACUGGCUUACAGCAAUGAUGGGGAGCACUGGACCGUCUACCAGGAUGACAAGCAAAGAAAAGAUAAGGUUUUCCAGGGCAACUUUGACAAUGACACCCACAGAAAAAACGUCAUCAACCCUCCCAUCUAUGCACGGCACAUAAGAAUCCUGCCUUGGUCCUGGUACGGCAGGAUCACCCUGCGGUCAGAGCUGCUGGGCUGCACGGAGGAGGAGUGAGGAGCCGCAUUCCACAGCCCCGUCCUCUCUGCCCCCGCUGUCUCCAUGGAAUGAACUGUGCAACGUCUGUAGGAAACAGAAUGGCAGUUUGUUGUUGUUUUUCCUGAAAAAGUACUCAAAUAAUGGUAGGCCACUAACUGUCUUUUUAAGGGGGUCUAAGCCUGCCUUUUCAAUGUCCUUUGAUUUUUUUAUUCAGAUCGUAUUAAUUAUGACUCAGUUUUCUCAUUUUCUGAAUUGUUCACAUUGGUUGAAAUAUACUAGAGAAAGUAGCCUUCUUCUGAGAGCAAAGGUUAAAGGUAUCUCACUGCUAUCAGAUAGGAGUUGAUGGAGCUUUCGCAGUCCAUAGUCACCAUUUAUUAUAAAGGAAUACUGCACUGUUAGCAAUAAGUUUUUUUCUUCCAUAAUGAUACGACAUUAUCCUAAUUGUUUCCUAGUGCCUACCCAAUGCCAUCAGUGUUUAUGAAAGAUUUUUGAACCUGUAACUAAUUAUGAUAAUUCUCAUUUUACUUUCAUUGCUUCUAGAGAUUUAGGACUUCUUGGUUUCACUCUGUUUUCUUUAUAUUUUGCCUGAAGAAGUCCAUAUUUUUUCCAAAAGAAAUUUUCCAUUAUCUGCUAAAAGAAGUAUCAUGCUUUACUUAUGUAUGGAACAUGACUGGAUAGCAGUAGAUUGCUCUGUAUUUAAUAUCAGUAAAGCGAAUCUCCCACUUAAUUUUAAGGGAAGUUAUUACUGUGUAACUUCCAAGUACUUUCCUUAUGAAGAAUCCCAUACUGUCAUUUAACAGUAUUAUAUCCCUUCAGAUUUAAACCUUAGCUUCGAUAGCAUUUACACAGUUAUAUUUACUUUAAAGUACUAACAUCAUGAAUUCUUUGUUCAGAAAAACUUUAGCAAACCACUGUUCACAUAGUGCACUAUAGCUUCCCCAAGCACUCUUAUCAUUUCUUUGCUCAUCUCCACAUUUCCCAUGAAAGGAAGAUUUUAUUGAGAUCUGAAACCAGUGCUUGUUUCCCAGGAAGCAUACUGUGUAGGUUUGUUUGUUUGGUACAAAGUAGAGGAUGUACUUAUGACAAAGUGUAAAACCAUUUUCAAGUCGAAAAAUUGAUUUCUAAGUAUUUGGCUUCAAAGGUUCUGAAAAAAAAUAAGCAACUAUCUUAGCGCUUUGUUAUUGAUAAUGGAGAUUUCAUUGACAUGUCUCUUGAAUUAAAACUCGCAUCACCUCCAUAAAAAUCCUCUCAUCUAGUUUAUAGCUUUUUAUAAGUAUUUAUUUUAUAAGGCUUAGACAAAGAGUUCUUGGAGUUUUAAAUUAAGGGUCCUGGAAAAGCAAGGAUGGUAUGUGUACGAAAUAAUAAGGUCCUGUGCAAAACUGCUAAGUUUUUCUUUUCCUUUAGUAUUUGUGCUGCAUAACAAAAGCCACUAGACUGUUACUGUCUUGUCUGUCCACGUGUUCCCGGCGUUUCUUGAUGAUGUAUAUAUGGAGUGGUCUUCAACCAUAGCAGAGAAUUCAAGAGAAAGUCCAUCCCAUUUGGGAUUGUUAAUAAAAGCAAAAUGGCCACAGGUUGGUUCCAUGCUCACAUGCUUUCAGCUUCAGCUUCUCUUUAUGAAAUUGUUGUUAGGAAGCCUCUCACACGGUGAUCCGUUUUCUCCAUCAAAGCCAAAAUUGCUACAUUCUCAGUAUUUCCUCAUUUAGGUAACUUUAAAAUUGGGAAUCCGAGACAUGUUUAAUUGGUUGAGGAUUAAAGCACACUAGAAAGGUAACUAACUACUCAUGGCCAGAACCAGAGACCUACUUGCUGUCUGGCCAGUGCUCCUGACCUCUUUCGGGCUCAGGGUCCCACUCUUCCAAGGCACUGUUCUUUGCAGAUUUUGCUCCAUCCUUCUGAUGAGCUUAUCCUGCACGUUCUGAACAAUGCCUUCUUAAUGACUUAAUUUUUCAAAAUUACUCAUGGUUUCAUAUGAGCCUUUCAAUUUUUCUCUAUUGAUAACUUAAAAAAAUAGAUUUCCAAGGGAGUCCAUGAAAAUCAUGGUUGUUAGCUUCUAGAAAGACACUGAAAUGGUUUUCUCAUGCUUGUGCAUUUUCUCUCUUCCUUAUGCGCUCUUCACAACAGCGUGAGCCCAGUGGGAUAUUCAUUUGUCCUGUGGUGUCAGGAAUGACACCACAGGAAUUCCCACACACGGAAAUGCUGGUAAUUAUUGUGAAAGGAUACUGAGAAGUAGCGUUUUGUCAUUUGUGUCAAUGACAUCAAACUGAAGCAGAUUUGUUCUCCUUAAACACUCUACAACAAGAGCUCAAAGCAGAAAACACAAAUGAAUCAUCUAGUCUUCGUUGUAUUAAGUAACAAUGUUAACCUUAUCCGUUAUGAAAUCAAAAUUUUAAUCUUUCCAUUUAAUCUGUGUCCUGUUCAGAACAUUUAUCAUCACCAGUAAUUGUAAUUGUAGGGUCGACUUUCUCUUUCUGAGUGAGUUCAUGAAGAUUGGUGUGAAUUUUGAAAAGUUGAGGUACUUAGGACUGUGUCUUCGCUAGUCAAUGAAUUAUGAAAUGUGAUACUCAAUGCUGGAGUCUGGCGUGUCAUUAGGUACACAAAUAACUGAGACACAAUAACCUUUGCAAACAUUCAAGCUGUGUAAUAUUCCAGUGUUUUUUUUUUCUUUGUAUAUAUAUACUUAACUCACGUAGGAUGUUGUAAAAUCAGUAUGACCUUGUCUAGUCUUCAAACUUAAAAUAAACUUUUGAAAAUCUGGGAUACUUUGGAAGCAGUUAUAAUUAAACACAUUUGUAAGAAUAUAUAAUUGUCUGAAUGUAAAUGCCCACUUCUCUUCACCACAUGCUUGGCUUUGUUUUUUGUACGAGACAAUUAAACAGAUACAGAUAAAAAAGCAGAAAAUACAAUACUCUCCAAAUAUAUAUUGAUAUCAGCUAAGUUGGUCUUUCUAAGAUUAUUAAAACGUGUGCAUUCCUCCUA